AUGGAACAAAUAGAAUAGAGUUUAAUCAUUUAUGAUGAAGGAGUGAAAGAGAUGAAAGAAAUUUCUCAAUGUUUAAAUUAAAUCCCAAUUUUAAUGGAUUAGAAUGUAAUACCAAAUAAAUUAUUUCAAAGUUAACGAUGAUUUCCAAUUUGAAAUUGACUUUUGCAAUUGAUGAAUAUGAAUAGCAAUAACAAACUAAUGUCAAUCAGAAUGGGUAUAUUGUUCUCAAAUUAAAUUAGGAAAACUCUAGAUUAAAAUAAGAAAAAUAAUCAACUUUUUAAGAUGAAAAAAGAUGGCUUCUUUCAAGAAAUGGGUUUGUUGAAGAAUAUCAGUUUCUCUGAUUUGGAUUUCUAGAAGUUCAGAUGUAAUAGACUGAUCUUAAUUUAAGCUUAGCAUUCGAAUCAAUAUAAUUAGAUAAGAAUUGCGAAUUGACACUAUUUAGUCAUAAUUAAAAGAAGGGAAUUCAAAAUGUAUGAGUUUAUUUGUAAACCUAAGAUCUAACCAAAUGGGUUAUUGUCGAACUAAAUUUUUAAUAGCAAAUUUCAAUCCAACUUAUUGUCCGGUCCCCAUAGUUCCAGAAACCUUGAGUCUAAAAAUCAAUCCUUUUAUUUAACAUCCAGCGAUCCAAAAUUGGAAGAUAACAAUAAUAGAUGGCUUCACAAAUAUCCAUCCUAUAUAAUUUAGAAAACUGAAAAUAAUGAAAAAAGCGAAUAUCCAACCCUCUUCAAGAAUUAUUCUUAAAUCGGCAGAAACACAAAUGAUGCCAGUUUUGAGGACUAAUAAAUUAAAUAGGAAUUCUAAACAUUGAUUAACGCAAGCAAAAUCAAAAAGGAAUAAUAGUAGUAAGCAAACACCUCCUUUAGUUCUAUCAAUAAAAGAAAACAGGAUUAAUAAAAAUAAAAUGAGGAUCUACAAAAUUAAAAUAAGUAACGAAGACCUAGUUCACCAAAAUUUAAAUUUGUUGUCAAAUAAAAGAAACAAAGCAAAAAUUCAGGUUAACAUAUUAAAUUAACCUUUGAAAAAGGAUAAAAGGUCUUUGAUAUCUCAUCCUAGAGAUUAAAUAAGGAAACUUCGAAGAGUGUAGAAUAACUAAAAAUAAAUGAUCAUUUUUUGAAAUUGCAAAAUGAAUAAGAAAGAGAAUUGUAUUAUAAACCCUUCGAAAAUACCAAGUAUUCAGAAAUAUCUAAAAUAUAUACACGUCAAAAUCAUGAAAGUCCAACUGCAAUACUAUAUAAAAAGAAGGUAAAUAAAUCAAAAUAAAACAUUUCAUAAAACACAAUGAAUUCUAUGAAUAAUGCUAGCAAUCAUUCUUAUGACAACCAUUCUGGUCAAGAGUAUGAAGAUAGCUUUGAUUAUGAAGCUUAAGAUUAAUAUAUUCAUAAAGUUGAUUUACAGUAGUUAUUGAAGGAGAAACUUGUUAGUCCUACCACUUAAAGCUAAGAAUAAAGUCAUUUCGAAAGAAAUGUAUUCUCUUUUAAGCCUUUGAUAGAUUUUUAGUAGUAGAAUGAAUCUAACUACUAAGAGAAUAUGCUCAAUUAAAAAUAGAAUAACUAAUUUUAAUUUACAUUUUAACCUUAACAACAAAAAUAAAGGAUUUCACCCAUAAGAAACAAUGAUGAGGAUUUUAGAUUAAAGAAUGAAUAUUAGAAUGAAUUUUAGAAUUAAUAUAAUACAAAGCAUUAGAAUCAAUAGAGGCAACACUCAGAGCAUAAUAAUUAGUAAUCAUAAUAAUAGAAUGAGAUUUAAGGAGCUAAAAAAUAACCUAUUUAAAUUAAACUUAAUAUAUAACAAUUUAUGAAUAAUAGUAACUCUGAAAAAUAACAAUUUUAAGAAAUCUCACCGCAUUCAUCUAAGAUUGGUAAGUAAUUAAUUAAUAUCUAGUUAAUCAUUCUAAUAAAAAUAGCUAAAAUUUUAGAACACUCAAAAAAUGA